AUGGACCGCUCAACGAACCAUGACGUACCGACCUACCACGAUGACGAUUCCCCAUACCCAGACAACAUGAAAAUGUCGAGUGACGACUCCUCCGACACGGCCGAUGACCUCGACUCGCUGGAACUCAAUCGGAUCAAUACAUACCGACUGCAGCAGAAGUCUACAGUAGGAUCGACUCGUGGUCCUCUCCCGCGCGAUCAAUGGCUUCCUAUGGGGGCCGGAAAGGAAUACCCACCUCUCCUGCCAGCCCCUGAAACAUAUGUCGUGGAAUUUGACGGAUCGGAUGACCCAAUGCACCCGUACAACUGGUCGAUACUAAGGAGGACAUUCCUGGUCUGCAUUUUGUGUUAUGGCACGUUCGUUGCCUCGUUCGCGAGUGCCGUCUUCUCUGCUGCCAUUGGUGCCGUCAGCCAAGAAUUUAAUGUAAGCUCCGAGGUUGGCUCCCUCGGAGUCACCUUGUAUGUCCUGGGAUUUGCCGCAGGUCCGACUAUAUGGGCACCUGCCUCCGAGUUGAUAGGACGGCGCUGGCCGCUGUCUAUCGGGCUGUUCGGAUGCGGGAUCUUCACCGUCGCCUGCGGAGCGGCAAAGGAUAUACAGACGAUCAUGUUAUGUCGUUUCUUUGGGGGGUUCUUUGCAGCCAGUCCGGUUUCCAUCGUGCCGGCCGUAUUUGCCGAUCUGUUCAACAAUGCGCAACGAGGAGCUGUGAUGUCUAUCUUCUGCAUGGCUGUCUUCAUUGGGCCGUUCGCCGCGCCAUUUGUCGGUGGAUUUAUUGCAACGAGCGAUUUGGGAUGGCGAUGGACGAUGUACAUCUCCGCUAUCAUGAUCUUCUCGGGCUUCGUCCUCGUCCUCUUCUUCCUGGACGAGUCCUACGCACCCGUUAUCCUGGUUCGCAAGGCCGCCAUCAUUCGACGUCAGACUCACAACUGGGGGAUCCAUGCUAAGCAGGACGAAGUCGAGGUGGAAAUCAAACAGCUUCUGCGCAAUAACUUCAUGCGUCCUAUCAAGAUGCUGAUCUCUGAGCCUAUCCUUCUUCUCAUCUCUCUUUACAUCUCCUUCAUCUACGGCCUCAUGUAUGCUCUUCUUGGUGCAUACCCCGUGGUCUUCCAGGGAGUGUAUGGCAUGAAUAUGGGUGUGGGUGGAUUGGCCUUCAUCGGUCUUAUCAUCGGGGAACUCGUUGGAGGUGUCUACAUCCUGUUUUUGCAAAGCUCCUACGCCCGUAAGCUAGCGGCAAAUGGAGACAAACCCAUUCCCGAAUGGCGUCUACCCCCGGCCAUUGUGGGUGCCGUGGCAUUCACAGUUGGAAUGUUCUGGUUUGGUUGGACCGGUUACAGAGAAUCCCUUCAUUGGAUGGCUCCAGUUGCCUCCGGUGUCCUGACUGGGUUUGGAAUCUUUUGCAUCUUCCUCCAAUGCUUCAACUAUAUCGUGGAUUGCUACCCUACGUUGGCCGCAUCCACCAUUGCCGCGAACACUAUUCUUCGGUCCGCCGUUGGAUGUGCAUUCCCAUUGUUCUCCAGGCAAAUGAUGGAGAACCUUGGUGUACAAUGGGCAGGCACCAUGCUUGGAUGCAUCGCUGCGGUGAUGAUUCCAAUCCCGGUCAUUUUCAAGGUCUACGGACCUCGGCUUCGAUCAAAGAGCAAACUAGCCUGCUCGCCAGUUUAUGAUAUCGAGAAAAAGUUCUUUGAUGUUUGA